AUGGCGACAAACAAGGAGAUUGACGCUCCUUCAGUGGGAGAGCAGUCUGGUUCUCUCUCUGAACAUGGUAGCGUCAAGUCCCCGGGAAAGACAGAAACCAACAUUAUUGAAACAUCACCGCGGUCUGCAGCUCCCCCGCUCUCAACGACUGAGCCCAAGCGAAUGGAACUGGGUGAUGUUGUCCUACGGUUCUUGGGAAUUCGAAAAGGUCCUCGACACGAGAAAUACAAUCCCGAUGCUAUUGCCACUCAGCCUAGCAUCUGGGAUUCCGAAAAGAUCGAAGAACUCAAAGAGCUGUACAUUCACCCUAAAUGGGAGAAUUGGCCGGCAUUCGACCAAAAUUUCCGCUGGACUUGGAAGGAGGAGACUGCAGUCAGGCACAAGGUUGACUGGAAGAUCAUGGUCUGGGCCUGCGUCAUGUUUACGGCCCUCAACAUUGACCGAGGCAACAUCAAGAACGCCGUAUCUGAUAAUAUGCUGGACGAUCUGGGCCUCACCAAAGCGGAUUAUAAUCUUGGACAAACUAUUGCUCGGGUUGGCUUUCUGGUUGCUGAGCUCCCCUCCCAGCUGAUAUCGAAACGUAUCGGGCCAGAUAUGUGGAUUCCCAUCCAAAUUUGCAUCUUCAGUCUUAUCUCUGCUCUUCAAUUCUUCCUCAAAGGCAGAGCAUCCUUCCUUGCUACAAGAUAUUUGAUGCAAGUCGCCUCUGCCACAUUUCAAGGAGGCUUCAUCCCGGAUACAAUUUUAUAUCUUAGUUACUGGUAUACAGGGACUGCGCUCCCCAUUCGACUGGCUUGGUUUUGGAUGUCAUCACAAAUUGCGGAUAUCUGUGUUGGGUUUGCCGCCGUGGGUCUGGUUUCUAUGCGUGGCAUACUCGGUUACGAAGGAUGGCGAUGGUUGUUUUUAAUAGAGGGCGCGUUUACCUUCCUGAUUGGUAUUCUUUCGUUCUUCCUCAUGCCACAAUGUCCCACCAGGACCAAAAGCUGGUGGAAUCCGAAAGGAUACUUUACCGAAAAGGAACAGAAAAUCAUUGUCAAUUCUGUUAUCCGAGACGAUCCUCAGAAGGGAGGAAUGUACAACCGACAAGGUCUAUCGGUCAGACAGAUUUGGGAAUGUGCCAAAGACUACGACAUGUGGCCCUUGUAUGCUCUGGGCUUGCUAUUCGGUUUGCCCAAGUACCCCGUGGACCAGUACCUCACCCUGUCAUUCCGCAGUUUGGGCUUCAACGUUAUUCACACCAACUUGCUCUCGAUUCCAUACAUUGUCGGGUCCAGCAUCACGAUGUUACUCAUCACGGGCCUCAGUGAGCUUGUCAACAACAGGAGCUUUGUGGCGAUGGCGGAAGAUGCAUGGCUCUUGCCGUGCUUUAUAGCCCUGAUCGCCCUGCCAGAUCCUAUCAGUGCCUGGGCCUAUUUUGCCAUUUCGACCGUUCUUCUGUCGUUCCCAUACACUCACCCGAUUCAAGUUGCAUGGACAAGUAGAAACGCCGGAUCUGUACAAAACAGAACGGUUUCCGCUUCGCUCUAUAACAUGUGGGUUCAAGUCAGUGGAAUGAUCGGUGCCAACAUUUAUCAAUCAAGCGACUCUCCGCGUUACUACAAGGCUAACAAAGGCCUUCUUGUGAUUUGCAUCUACCUCUGUUUCAUACAAUACCCUGGCACAUAUUUCUACUACCAAUGGAGAAACAAUCAAAAGGCGAAGAAAUGGGAUGCGAUGACUCCAGAUGAGCAACAUGAGUACAGAACUACAACGACAGAUGUGGGAAAUAAGCGGCUCGACUUCCGAUUUGCAACCUAA